UGUUGCUCACCACUAUUUUCCAGCCUAAACUCCAAAGGACAAGAAAGGAACUGACCUUUUAGCCUAACCCUCCAGGCCAGCGACCACGUGAAGAGAAACUCGUCCUUCAUCCCGAUUCGGGCGGACAUCUCCAGUGCAGUCAUUGCCCAAAGCGCUAUGGCCACCGCUGCCACGAGCCAUAUAAAAUACAUCUAGAAAAGAAGCAUGGCUACACUAUUGGACAUAUUUGCAUCGAGACGAUAAAAAUGGAAGCCCCGAAGCCAGAAAUUAGAAUCUUCUAUAACGUUUGGUGCGAGGGCGGCACGCACUAUGUUCGCGUAAAUGUCUUGCGAUCCAUCGGGCCACACUCUACAAUACAACAAGUAGAUGAAGACGAGACCUUUACCGUGAAGAGCUUCUUACAUAUACAUUUCAAUCCCACGAAAGUAUAUCAAGAUACAGUUAAGAGGAUCAAAGAGUUCGAUAGGAGAUGUUGCAGCAGACCGGUAGAAGCCACCACCACAGCGGAUAUCUCGGAGCAUCCAUCGUUAUAUGCAGGAACCGAUUUCGUAAAAUCCGGCUACAUCACCUUAGUGAAGUGGCUACGAUCAUGCUUCUUCCCAGCCCAGAGAAAGCCUGGUCAUUGGAGUUUCUCAGCUUGGUAUCGCGGACCGGACUUGCGACGAGCGUCUCUUCACUCGUCGAAAGAGGCUAUCAUUCCGGAUACCACUUAUCGCUCAAAUAUCGAUGUAAACACCUACAGACCGUCAAGCGACUUGAAGGGAGACACGAAGUAUCGGAUGUCUACAGCAAACCUGUCUGCACCCAACUAUGCUGCUUCCGACGCCAUGCUCCCGCUAGCCCAGACCACUCAGAAGCAUGCAAACCGUAUUACAGGUGCCUCUCUUCCUGAACACAUUACUGGAGUUGUUGCUGUCGGCUCUUUUUACUCAACUUGUGAGGGCGUUUAUGGCUGUCAAGUGAUUGUCCUGACCCGGUCGGACAGUGUUCGCCUCCUGCAAAGAGUGGAUUUUGGCGCACUUGUUGAGUGCGAGCGUAUUGCGAGGCAACUACGGGAUAUUGUUGGAGAUUCGGUCUACAAUCAGUUGUCGCAGCUUGAGCAGAAGCGCAUUGAUGUUCGGGAUCCUGUUUAUCGUGGCCUUGUACCGGAGGAGGGGUUGCAGGUCAAAGUAGGCGAAGCGCUUCCGCUCGAACAGUGCCCUCCAAUUUUACAGGCGUACGUUAAGUCUGUUGUGAGUAUAUAGAUCGUGUUUCGGCUUUACCAAGUAAUUUUGAUAAGUAGAGCGUACCGUAUCAUCAGC